CCAAAAUAAAAAAAAUUCUUCCAUUCCCAAGUCUCUUCUGCUACUUCUGGUUCCCAUCGUACACACACAAGGAAACACCGUGGAUUUCUAAUUCUCAAGCUCUCAACAGUGGCCUCUUCAUCAUCUUCUACAAUGGAUCGAGUCAAAUUUCGAACCCAAAUACUAAAUAGACACCUCCACCGACCUUCUCUUUCCUCACCAUCAUCUUCUAUCGAACCCUCCAUAUGCCUCCAGUAUUCUCCUCCAGAACUCGCCGAGACCUCGCAGUUCGACACCAGAUCAAUGAGAGAACUCAUGGACAAUCACAAUUUCGCGGAUCGGGACUGGUUGUAUGGCCUCAUGAUACAGAGCAAGCUGUUUUGUUCCAAAGAAAGGGGUGGGAAACUGUUUGUGUCGCCUGACUAUAAUCAGUCAAUGGAGCAGCAGAGAGAGAUGACCAUGAAAAGAAUUGGGUAUUUGUUGGAUUGUGGGGUUUUUGAAGGAUGGCUUACUGGGAAAGGGGUUGAAUCAGAGCUGAGGAAGUUUUCGUUCUUGGAGGUUAUUGGGAUGUUUGAUCAUUCACUUGCUAUCAAGAUUGGGGUGCAUUUCUUUCUGUGGGGUGGUGCAGUUCAGUUUUUUGGCACAAAGCGCCAUCAUGAGAAGUGGUUGAAGGACACUGAAAAUUAUAAGGUCAAGGGUUGCUUUGCAAUGACGGAGUUGGGGCAUGGAAGUAAUGUCCGAGGCAUUGAAACAAUAACCACAUAUGAUUCAAAUACUGGAGAGUUUGUUAUUAACACACCAUGUGAAUCAGCUCAGAAGUACUGGAUUGGCGGAGCAGCUAAUCAUGCUACACACACAAUAGUGUUUUCCCAGCUUAAUAUUGAUGGGAAAAAUCAAGGGGUUCAUGCAUUUAUAGCCCAGAUCAGAGAUUCAGAUGGAAAUGUCUGUCCAAACAUUCGUAUAUCUGAUUGUGGUCAUAAGAUUGGGUUGAAUGGUGUUGAUAAUGGUCGAAUAUGGUUUGACAAUGUCCGUAUACCUAGAGAGAAUUUGUUGAAUUCAGUAGCUGAUGUUUCGUUAGAUGGGAAAUAUCUGAGCGCGAUAACAGACCCAGAUCAGAGGUUUGCAGCAUUCUUGGCCCCGUUGACAUCUGGACGUGUAACCAUUGCUGCCGCUGCGAUUUACUCAUCGAAGAUUAGUUUAGCCAUUGCCAUAAGGUACUCAUUGACGAGGAGAGCGUUUUCUGUUUCACCUAAUGGACCUGAAGUCCUUUUGCUUGAUUACCCAAGUCAUCAACGGCGGCUCUUACCUCUGCUUGCGAAGACAUAUGCUAUGAGUUUUGCUGAAAACUACUUGAAAAUGUUGUAUGUUAAGAGGACACCUGAAUUGAUCAAAACCAUCCAUGUUGUUUCUAGUGCAUUCAAGGCUACUUUAACUUGGCAUAACAUGCGGACCCUUCAGGAAUGUCGUGAAGCCUGUGGUGGACAAGGUUUAAAGACUGAAAAUCGUGUUGGUCAUCUGAAAAGUGAAUAUGAUGUGCAGUCCACUUUUGAGGGGGACAACAAUGUUCUUAUGCAGCAGGUCAGCAAGGCACUCCUUGCAGAAUACGUAGCUGCCAAGAAGAGGAACAAACCAUUUAAUGGAUUGGGAUUAGAUCACAUGAACAAGUCCUGUCCUGUUAUCCCAUCUAAGCCAACAAGUUCUACCUUGAGGAGUGUUGAGUUCCAGGUAACAAAGCUUUUGUUUCUAUGUGUAUUUUAGAUGCAUGAGAUUAGAACAGCUGGGAAGUUGUCACCCUUGUCUGUUUCAGACUAAUAUAUUCUGUUUAAGAGAGCGAGAUUUAUUGAAUCGUUUUGCCGCGGAAGUUUCACAACACCAAGGGCAAGGAGAAAGCAAAGAACAUGCGCUCAUUGUGAGUUAUCAGCUUGCUGAAGAUUUGGGGAGAGCUUUCUCAGAUCGAGCGAUUUUGCAAACCAUUUUGGAGGCUGAGACAACUUUAUCUGCAGGACCAUUGAAGAACAUAUUAGGUCUGCUGAGAUCCAUGUAUACCUUGAUCACCUUGGAAGAAGAUGCUGCAUUCCUUCGAUACGGGUACUUAUCAACAGACACCGCUGCUGCUGUUAGGAAAGAAGUGGCUAAACUCUGCAGUGAACUCAGACCACAUGCACUUGCUUUAGUCAGUUCCUUUGGCAUACCUGAUGCUUUUUUGAGUCCUAUAGCUUUUAAUUGGGUCGAUGCAAAUUCUUGGUCUUCAGUUCAAGACUAGCCUGGUGGUGAUCUACUGUUUUCUGUCUAUGGAGUUGUGGGGGGAAUAGGUGUAAUGUUAGUUGCUUUCGUUGUUUCAGCCAAUAAUAAAUAGUAAUUUUGUUCUCGUAAUAAUUGUACAACAUCCUCUUUAAUUUUUAAUCGUAAUGUAUCAAUUUCGAAAAUACUGUUUU